UUCUGUCACUCCGGUGCUGAAUGUGCAGGCUGCGGCUUCUGCUGUUGUUUACACCACCGCUAAAUUGGUUGGGGGGGGGGAGGAGUGACUCUCAUCUCACACACCUGCUGAAGAUCUCCGUACCCCUGGACAAACACAUGGACACAGUCACAUUCAGACAGCAUGGGCUCCAGACUGAAACAAAACCCUGAGCGAACCUUCUACUGGUUCUUUGAAGCAACUUGCCCUGUGGCCAGAGACAAAGAUCCUGGUGUACUGUUUCAGUUUCCAGAGGACUUCAGUGAUGAGGAGUCCUGUCAAACAUUGCCCAGAUUCUGCUUCCCAUAUGACAUACAAAAAGUCAGGGAUGUAGUGGCCGUGCAGCACUUUACUUUUGUUCUGACUGACCUUGAGGGAUGCCAGCGCUUCGGCUUCUGUCGUCUCACCAACAGCACACAUACCUGCCUUUGCAUACUCAGCUAUCUUCCAUGGUUUGAAGUUUUUUACAAACUUCUCAACAACUUGGCUGAUUGCCUGGCAAAAGGACAGACCAGUGAGAUGAAAGCGCUGCUGGCGGCACUCUACAAGCAGUCCAUACCACUGGCAGCUGGAUCUGUCACUCUGCAGAUGGGAGAGCAGCUAUUGGUCAGCACAGAGGUGUCCCAUCCUGUUGGACACCAGGGGGGACAAGAGGGGGUUCCAUACUUCAUCGCGCCAGACCCCAGAAGUCUCCCUUCCAUCCCUGAAAACAGGAACUUGACAGAGCUGAUUGUGGCAGUAGAUGUGGGGAACCUGCUUCAGCUCUACGCCAGCAUGCUGUUUGAGAGACGCAUCCUGAUCUUUGCCAGCAAACUCAGCACUCUGACCUCUUGCGUGCAUGCACUCAGUGCUGUGUUAUACCCCAUGUACUGGCAACACAUCUUCAUACCUGUCCUGCCACCCCACCUACUGGACUACUGCUGUGCACCGAUGCCUUACCUAAUAGGGGUCCACACCAGUCUAUCUGAGAGGGUGAGGAGUCGUGGGCUGGAGGAAGUUGUUAUUCUAAAUGUGGACACAAACACACUAGAAACCCCCUUUGACGACCUUAAAAGGAUACCUUCCGAUGUGAUGUCCGGGCUGAAGGUGUGUUUGAAGCGUCAGGCAGUGUCUCCUGGUUCUGGUGUCUCACGGGCCUUCCUGAAAGCUCAAGCUCUGCUGUUUGGAGGCUACAGGGACGCGCUGCAGGGUCACAUGGAGGGUGAAAUAUGUUUUAGCGAGGAGCUAUUUCUAGACCACAAGUCUCACAGUAUGAGGCAGUUCCUCCAGAGUGCCAUUCAUUUACAGUUCUUCAAACAGUUUAUUGACAGCCGCCUGGAUAUUCUGAACAAAGGGAAGGAACCAGAUGACCUGUUUGAGGAUGAGAUCCUAAAGUGUGAAACAACAGGCGGAAGAGGCAAGUCUUAUCAGCAGUUAGUCGGUAACUUAAAGAAAGGAGGAGGAGCGCUAAUCCUCAACAUGAAGACCAAAGCAAACAUGAGGGCCAAAGGUCUCGCCAAGUCUGGUUUGAAAAACCUGCUGAUGCACAAGCCCCACAAUGAAGAACACACCCUUCAGAGAGGAGGAUCAGUGUCACACCGCCGUGCCCAAUCUGACUGCCUGCAGAAUCGCCUGCCAAUCACACAACACUUUGGGAUGUCACGUCCCCGUCGGCCUGUUCACAAACAUAGGGCUCCCAGAGACCAGGAUGACAUGAAGGACACUGGAGAUACAUGGGAUGGAGCUGUGUCUGGACCCGCACUUGAGCCUGACUCGGAGCUCCAGAAGGAUGAAGAAGAGGGGGACGAUACACUCCUGUGUGACCCGGAGGAGAUGGAUCUGCUUGGGGAGAUUUUUGACACACUCAGCUCCCGGAGCUCCCAUGACCGCGGCCUGCUGUACGGCACACGCAGUCUGGAUCUGUUCGGACCAGACAGUCAUGACUUUAUCACAAAGCGUGGUACAACCAACCCCAGCCAAGAAAGCCUGUCUCUGUCCAUCAGCGGCAGUGGCAGCCUUCACAGCUGGAAUCUGGAAACCACAGAGGAGCUGUCAGACCUGACAGAGGACUCUGAUUGGCCGUGCCUGGACACCAGUGUACCAGAGGAGGAGGGGUCAGAGAGUCUGCUGGCAGAAUGUGAAAUGGGGGAACAAGAAAGGGGACAGAGAGAAGAUGGAGAGAAACAGGAAGAAGUGAAGGUAGCGAUAAAUGGGAACCAAGGAGAAGAAAUAGAUAACAGAAAUAACUUUAAGGAAGUGAAGUUUGAGGAAGAGAGAAAGAGAGAUCAAGAGAAGAGAGCGAGUUUAGGAGAGGAACCUGUGAAAUUAACAUCAAGUAAGCAAGAGGAUGAAGGGUUAACCGAAAAGAGGGAAGAUGAGGGUAAACAGAAUGAGGAGGCAGCUGAAGGGCGAGAAGCAGAAAGAGAAACAGAUCAAAUGCAGCAAGAUUUAGCAAGAGAAGAAGAGGGAAAGGAGAACCAGAAGGAGAAAGACAAAGAGGCGACAGGAUCUUUGAACAAUCUUAUAAAACUGAAUCUCCACGAUCAGAACACAGUGGGGGAGCAGCAAGGACAAGAGGAGACCGCCAAUCCAGAAACCACAGCUUCUCCUGGGCCUCAGAGCCUCACUGCUGAGCCUACACCUCCAGCAGGUCAGGAGAAAAGGAGCACAGAAGCAGUAAAGGAAGAGGAGAGAGAGAUAAGACAAACCCCCUCUCCUCCUAAAGUGCUAUCUGCCCUAGCACGUUUCCAGUCUCAGGGGCCCAGCCCAAGCUUUCAGGUGAGGUCCAGGGUAAAGGGCUUGACCGAACCAGGGAGACCGUCCAACACGUUAUGGAGCAGGGAAAACACACAAACUCACCCGCCACAUGAUUCAAAAACAUCAGAAGAGAACAACCGCUCAGAGGCGCAUGAGGGGGAAGUGCCUCCUCCCAUCAAAGUGUCAGAACUUAAGAAGAGAUUUGAAGCUUAAAGGAUAAAACUGUUGAUA